AUGGCUUCCAGAUUGGCUACCCUGGCUGAGAAGCCACAAGUGAUCAACUGGGCUUACUACAAGGAACACGUGGCCAACCCUGACCUUGUAGAAGAGUUUGAGAAGAAGUUCAAUGAGCUGAAGAUUCCUGUGCCAGAAGAUAAAUUCACUGCCCUAGUGGAUGCUGAAGAACAGGAAGAUGCAACGAUUGGUGCCGAUUUCAUGAAAGCUUCAAAUGCCAGGAUUGCAGAUCUUCAGAAAGAGAUGGAAAAGAUCAAGAAUAUAAUUCCAUUUGAACAGAUGACUAUUGAGGAUUUGAACGAAGCCUUCCCUCAAACUACUUUGGACAAGAAGAAGUAUCCUUAUUGGACCCACCAGCCAACUGAGAACCUCUAA